AUGGGGCGGCGGCGGCGGGGGGCGCUGCCGGAGCCGGCGGGCGGCUGCUCCUGCUGCCUGGCGGCGGCGCUGCCGCUGCUGCUGCUGCUGCUGCCCGCCGGCUGCCCGGUGCGGGCGCAGAACGACACCGAGCCCAUCGUCCUGGAGGGGAAGUGCUUGGUGGUCUGCGACUCCAGCCCCUCCGCCGACGGCGCCAUCACCUCCUCCCUGGGGAUCUCGGUGCGCUCGGGCAGCGCCAAGGUGGCCUUCUCGGCCACCCGCAGCACCAACCACGAGCCCUCCGAGAUGAGCAACCGCACCAUGACCAUCUACUUCGACCAGGUAUUAGUUAAUAUUGGCAACCAUUUUGAUCUUACUUCCAGUAUAUUUGUAGCACCAAGAAAAGGGAUAUAUAGUUUCAGUUUCCACGUGGUCAAGGUCUAUAACAGACAAACCAUCCAGGUAAGUUUAAUGCAAAACGGCUACCCAGUGAUUUCAGCUUUUGCAGGGGAUCAGGACGUCACCAGAGAAGCAGCCAGCAAUGGGGUCUUACUCCUCAUGGAAAGAGAAGACAAAGUGCAUCUCAAACUGGAAAGGGGUAACCUCAUGGGAGGGUGGAAAUAUUCAACCUUUUCCGGCUUCUUAGUCUUUCCACUAUAAAAGAAGGCCAAAUAGGAGACAGAUCCAUGAGCCGGAGCAAGGAUUCAAUUGUUAAAGAUACCCUGAACUUGGCAGCACAUGACAAUAUUUUCAGUCACCCCGUCAGACUGUCACAGUAGAAGAAUGAUAACCUUCUAAACUCCAACAUUUACUUUGAAUAUUGACAAUUCCUUGGAACCUGCGCCUCUAAUUAGUUUUAGACGACAGUGAUCUUUAGGAGGAAUGAAAUUAUCGACCUGAGCAAUUUGUACCUGUGAUUGUAAAGUCAAUUUUGGAUUUUAUUGUUGGGAUCAUUGACUUUCUUAUUCUUUUUUUCCCCCUCUCUUUCAUUUUUACCUCUUUUUCUUUCUCUUGUUGUUGUCCCAAUGAAACAAAUAACUCGGACCACAGAAUGGCUUUGUCAAAGGCUCACUCCAGAGCCAGAAGAAUGGAGUGUUCAGCCCAAUGAGGUGUUCUUCCAUGCUUUAUUUCUUUGUGUUGUAUAGCCUUAAGGAAAAAA